ACCCUGCUCGAGUCGGGCCGCGUUGGGUACCCGAGGCUCUACCCGGCCCAUUGACAUCCUUCAAACCCUUGAACUAGGGUUCUGCUGGACCUGACCAACCCGACCCAAUCGCAGCCCAGCUGACAGGCGUGGCUUCCUCGCAGGGUCAUUUCUCUUCCUUUAAAUCCGAAAGCUCACGGCUCCAGUCAUCCAUCCUCGUGGAGAAUCCCACUUUCUCUCUCUUGCUCUCUCGCUACCGCAGCAAUGGCAGCGAUCAACAUCUCAAUAAUGCUCUCUCAUCAUCCUAACCAUAAUACUUCUUCUUCUACUACACGCGCUUUUUUCUCCCCUCUCAAAACCCUACAUAUUCCUUCCUUCUCUUCCAACUCCACUUUCUCAAACUUCUCUUCCAUCUCUUGUAAAAAGCCCAAUUCUAGAAGUUUCCGCUCCUCUAUUAUUUCUUCUUCUUUUCGGAAGCUUUCGGAAACGGACCCCGUUUCUGUUCCAACAGAAACAACAGCCCAAGAAGUGGCUGCAAAGGUCCCGUCAGAAUCGGGUGUCUAUGCCGUCUACGACAAGAAAGAUGAUCUCCAAUUCAUUGGGAUAUCGAGAAAUGUUGCAGCGAGCGUUUCAGCACACCUGAAAUUGGUCCCAGACUUAUGCUUCUCUGUCAAGGUUGGCGUGGUCAGUGAUCCUGAUCGGACAGCCCUAACCAAUGCCUGGAAAUCAUGGAUGGAAGAGCACAUAAGCAACACUGGGAGAGUCCCACCUGGGAAUGAAUCAGGCAACACCACAUGGAUUCGAAGGCUACAGAAGAAACCAGACCUUCGUUUGACCCCUGGUCGCCAUGUCCAGCUAACAGUGCCUUUGGAGGAGCUCAUCGAUCAGUUGGUGAAGGAGAAUAAGGUGGUUGCUUUCAUCAAGGGAUCAAGAAGCGCUCCCCAAUGCGGUUUCUCACAGAGAGUGGUGGGGAUAUUAGAGAGUCAUGGGGUGGAUUUUGAGAGCGUGAAUGUGCUUGACGAGGAUUACAACAGUGGGCUCCGGGAGACAUUGAAGAAAUAUAGCAACUGGCCAACGUUUCCACAGGUGUUUGUGAAGGGGGAAUUGGUGGGAGGCUGUGACAUCCUUUCCUCCAUGGAAGAGAAGGGUGAGCUUGCCAAACUGUUCCAGAAAUAGUGUUUUUGAUGAUCCUUUCACUGUUAUGUAUAAUAAUCUGUCCGUGCUUCUA